AUGAUACAAACUAAUGUAACAACAAAUACUGGUACAUUAUUAAUACCUGAUGAAAGUACUUUAUCAAGACUCGUCGCUGCACGAUUAGACUUACCAAUAUCACAACGUUUAUUGGAUCAAAAUUUUCAAUUAUCUAUUAUAAAACGAUGUUGGGAAGAUCAAUUACGAAUAAAACGUGAUGAUUUUGUAUCUGACAAUGAUUUGUAUGUUGCUUGUUUAAUUCUUCGAAAACAAAUAGAACAUAUCGGUGGUAAAAAAGAAAACAUUAUUAUUCCUAGUAUAAAAAUGAAACAAAUUCGAGAACAAAACGAGAUAAAAAUGAAUAAAUCAAUGUCAAUUGUAUCUCAUGCUGUUCAAUCUAUAGUAGAAAAUGGUACGGAUGUUGAAAUGACAACAUCUUUUCAAUCUUCAAUUAAAUCAAUAAGUAAUCAUGAUGAUGAAUGUAAAACAGAAGAAACUACUAUCAAUAAUCGAAGUCGAUCAACGAAUUCAACAUCAUCAAAUCCAUGUGCUCUUUGUCUGACUGAAGAAAAGCAAUUAGCUUGUAUACCAUGUGGUCAUAUGGUUACAUGUGUUGCAUGUGGUCAUUCGUUACGUUUAUGUCCAAUAUGUCGACGAGAAAUCAAUGCAUUUGUUAGAAUUUAUAUUUAA